UUUGGGUAGAGAAAAAUUCGCCCAUUCCGAGCGAGAGUGGGGAGGGGAAAGGUCCAAUCCCGCAUCACCAAUGUCCACGGCGGAGGCGGCGGAGAGUGUGGCGACGCGGCAGAAGAAGAAGAAGAAGCCGAAGCUGAAGCACGUGGAGGUGGGGGUGGCUCGGUCGCAGUCUCCCCAUGCCUCCGAAUCCCUGCCUGCUGCCCCGUUCCUUCAAACCCCAACCCAAUCCCCGGCUCCCGGAACCCCAAUCCCGCAAGAGGCGGGGGCGGCGGCGACCAAGGAGAGGAAGAUCCGUAAGGAGCAGAAGGCGGCCUCACCGCUUCUUCCCCCAAAACCUAAUUUGGAAGAGGGGGAGGAGGGGGCCGGGAUGGCGACGACGAAGAAGAAGCAGCAGAGGAGGAAGGAGAUUAUGCCGUCAUCUCCUUGUGCCUCCGCCGCUAAAGCCCCGAUCUUGGAGCCGGAGGGGAAGGUGACAAAGAAAAAACGGAAGAGGAGGAUGGAGCAGGAGCAGGAGCAGGAGCCAUGGGGCAAAUCGCCGUUGCCACUUCACUCCGGUCAUGCCUGUAACCCAUGCCUUCGCUCCCCCGCUCCCGAAAUCCUAACGUUGACAGAGGCGGUGGCGAUGAUAAGGGAGAGGAACAGGCCUAGUAAAGAGCACAGGUUGGAUGUGUUGCCUUUUGCCCAAAAUCCUACCUUUGAGGAGGAGCGAGGGAAGAAGAAGAAGAAGGAGCACAAGCGUGUGGAGCAGAGGUUUCUAUCUCCUUCUACAUCUGUUGCUGCUGAGGCCCCAAUUCGGGAGCAGGAGAUGAAGAUUAUCAAGAAACAACCAUCCGACCAAUCCCAGGAGCCAUCAGGCAACUCGCCAUUGCCACUUCACCUCGGCCAUGCCUGUAACCCUCUACCAGCUGCCCCACUCCUUCAGCCCCCGGCGCCCGAAAUCCUAACGUUGACAGAGGCGGCGGCGAUGAUAAGGGAGAUGAACAGGCCUAGUAAAGAGCACAAGGUGGAGGCGCUUCCUUUUGCCCCAAAUCCUACCUUUGAGGAGGAGCGAGGGAAGAAGAAGAAGCACAAGCGUGUGGAGCAGAGGUUUCUAUCUCCUUCUACAGCUGUUGCUGCUGAGGCCCCAAUUCGGGAGCAGGAGAUGAAGAUGAUCAAGAAACAAUCAUCCGACCAAUCCCAGGAGCCAUCAGGCAACUCGCCGUUGCCACUUCACCUCGGCCAUGCCUGUAACCCUCUACCAGCUGCCCCACGCCUUCAGCCCCCGGCGCCCGAAAUCCUAACGUUGGCAGAGGCUGCGGGGAUGAUAAGGGAGAAGAACAUGCCUAGUAAAGAGCUCAAGUUGGAUGUGUUGCCUUUUGCCCCAAAUCCUACCUUUGAGGAGGAGCGAGGGAAGAAGAAGAAGAAGGAGCACAAGCGCUUGGAGCAGAGGUUUCUAUCUCCUUCUACAUAUGUUGCUGCUGAGGCCCCAAUUCGGGAGCAGGAGAUGAAGAUGAUCAAGAAACAACCAUCUGACCAAUCCCAGGAGCCAUCAGGCAACUCGCCAUUGCCAUUUCACCUCGGCCAUGCCUGUAACCCUCUACCAGCUGCCCCACUCCUUCAGCCCCCGGCGCCCGAAAUCCUAACGUUGGCAGAGGCCGCGGCGAUGAUAAGGGAGAGGAACAGGCCUAGUAAAGAGCACAAGUUGGAUGUGUUGCCUUUUGCCCAAAAUCCUACAUUUGAGGAGGAGCAUGGGGAGGAGGCCAUGAUGGCGAAGAAGAAGAAAAAGUGCAAGUGCGUGCAGCAGACAUUUGUUGCUGCUGAAACUCCAAUUCAGGAGCAGGAGGUGAAGGUGACCAAGAAACGGAAGCAGAGGAGGGGGCUGGAACCAUCCAGCAACUUGCCGUUGCCACUUCACCCCAGCCAUGUCUCCGUGCCCAAACUCGCUGCCCCAUUCCUUCAGUCACCUGCUCCCGAAAUUAUAACGUUGGGAGAGGCGGGGGCGGCGGUGAAGAUAGGGAAGAGAAAGAUGCGUAAGGAGCAGAAGGUGGCUGCACUGUCUUUUGCCCAAAAUCCCACCUUGGAGGAAAAGCAGGGGGAGGAGGCCAUGACCGCGACGAUUAAAAAGGAGCGCAAGCGUGUGGAGCAGAUACUGUCAUCUCCUACAUCCGUUGUUGCUGAAACUCCAGUUCAGGAGCAGGAGGUGAAGGUGACCAAGAAACAGAAGCAGAGGAGGGCAACAUUGCCACUUGACCCUUGCCAGAGUCGCUGUGUUCAAUCACAAGGAGCCAAAACUCCACUAGAAGAAGAGGGAGAGAAUGAUGGCUGCAAGGGUAUUAAAAAAAGCAACGGCAAGAAACCCCGUGUACGUGUCCUCAGCAAGCGUGAGCUUAUCCAGGAGGCAAGAAAGCAGCCAAAGUUGCUGCCCGAAGGCUUUGUGCCCUUCAGCAAUUUUGUUGCCAGUUGCACGGAGCAGAACGCUGACCGACCACCUUACAGUGCAUUCUUCGACCAGUUCCGCUAUAACCCUGUCUGCGAAGAUCGCAGACCCCCACUUCCCAGAACCCCUGAUCGUGUGGCCAGGUUGCCACCUCGGGGUUACUCAUCAUUUGAGUCAUCUCAGCUUGCUGCAAAUGAGGCUUCCAGGCCUGACACCACUCUCGCGUCCAAGACAAAGCAGCAAGAUUCAGGUUCAGGAUCACAAGAGAAAGUUAGUGUAGAAGUAAAGGAAAACCCUGAAAACAAGACGAGGGAGAAGAAGCAAAGGAAACUAUCUGGCAAGUCACGAUUGCCAUUUGACCCCAGCCAGACUUGCUGUGUUCAGCUACAAGGAACCAAAGCUCUACCAGAAGAGGACCAAGAGACCUCCAAGGCUUUCAAGGCUAACAAUUCUGUGGAGUCCAAGUCAAAGAAGGAAGAUUCAGCUUCAGGCUCCACCUCGGGCUCACAGAAGAAACAAAUUGUAAAAGAAAAGACAACCCCUGAGAAGAAGACGAGGAUCAGCAAACGACGACCAGUGUUUACCGCUGCUGAGAAGCGCUCAGACAAAUACCGGCGCGUUCCCUUGGACCAGCUGGUAUCACCGCCACGCUCUCCUCAUAAUCUCUUGCAGGAGAAGUACGCUUCUGACCCGUGGAAGGUUAUUCUCAUCUGCGUGUUCCUCAACUUAACACAGGGUAUACAGGUCAAGAGGAUGUUGGAGGGCUUCUUUGAACGCUAUCCUGACCCUUUGUCUGCAAUUAACGCUGAUCCUGACAAGAUGGCGGAGUAUCUAGCGCCUCUAGGGUUGAACAAUGUGAGGACACGCAAUAUCAAGAAAUUGUCCAAGCAGUAUGUUGGAAAUGAAUGGACCCAUGUUACGCAGCUUUGUGGCGUCGGCAAGUAUGCAGCUGAUGCUUAUGCAAUAUUUUGUGCGGGUAGGGCGAGGGAGGUGGUACCUGAUGAUCACAAGUUAGUUGAUUACUGGAAUUAUGUCUGCUUUGAGUUGCCCAUGGCACAGCAGAUGGAUUAGUUCAGUUCCAGUAUAUGUUGAGUGAAGUGCAAGGGGAAGCAGCUGUGGAUGGCGGCGCCAUGCAGUCCUGGAUGGGAUAAUUUUACAGUGCAACUGGGGUUGGUUUUGUGUGGUUCAUGUACCUUGGAUACUUUGCUCCCUUAGAUUAGUGUUAAGCUUGAGAUGAUAUUACCUGACAAAAGACAGUUGAUGGAUGCAACGAGUUAUGUUUGCAGU